GUGCAUCUCCAUCCACGUUGGCCAGGCUGGCGUUCAGAUCGGGAAUGCCUGUUGGGAGCUCUACUGCAUUGAACAUGAGAUCCAGCCAGACGGCCAUAUUCAAAGUGAAAUGCGCACCGGUGGAGGAGACGACUCUUUCAGCACCUUUUUCAGUGAGACUGGAGCAGGAAAAUAUGUCCCUAGAACGAUUUUUGUGGACUUGGAGCCCACUGUUGUUGAGGAAGUGAGAACUGAGCGCUUCAAACAACUGUUCAGCCCUGAGCAGCUGAUCUCUGGGAAGGAGGAUGCUGCUAACAACUACGCCCGUGGACACUACACCAUCGGGAAAGAGCUUGUUGAACCUGUUAUGGACAGACUCCGUAAACUGUGUGACCAGUGCACCGGGCUUCAGGGCUUCCUGAUCUUCCAUAGUUUUGGCGGAGGAACCGGCUCUGGUUUCACCUCCCUCUUGAUGGAGCACCUGUCUGUAGAUUAUGGUAAAAAGUCCAAGCUCGAGUUCGCCAUCUACCCAGCUCCUCAGGUUUCCACGGCUGUAGUGGAGCCCUACAAUGCCAUUCUCACUACCCACACCACCUUGGAGCACUCAGACUGUGCUUUCAUGAUGGACAAUGAGGCCAUCUAUGACAUCUGCCACAGGAACUUGGGCGUUGAGCGUCCAACCUACACUAAUCUCAACAGGCUGGUGGCUCAGUUGGUGUCCUCCAUCAUGGCAUCUCUUUGCUUCGAUGGAGCUCUGAAUGUUGACCUGACAGAGUUCCAGACCAACCUGGUGCCCUAUCCUCGGAUCCACUUCCCACUGGCUGCCUAUGCCCCUGUCAUCUCAGCUGAAAAGGCGUACCAUGAGCAGCUCACUGUAUCUGAGAUCACAUCCUCCUGCUUUGAGGCAUCCAACCAGAUGGUGAAGUGCGAGCCCGGCCACGGCAAGUACAUGGCCUGCUGCAUGCUGUACAGAGGGGAUGUGGUGCCGAAGGAUGUCAACGCUGCCAUAGCAACCAUGAAAAGCAGGCGCAACAUCCAGUUUGUGGACUGGUGUCCCACUGGUUUCAAAGUUGGCAUCAACCACCAGCCUCCCACCGUGGUUCCUGGGGGAGACCUGGCCAAGGUUCAGAGGGCCGUGUGCAUGCUGAGCAACACCACAGCCAUCGCUGAAGCCUGGGCGCGUCUCGACCACAAGUUUGACCUGAUGUACGCCAAGAGGGCCUUUGUCCAUUGGUAUGUGGGCGAGGGCAUGGAGGAGGGGGAGUUUUCUGAGGCCAGAGAGGACAUGGCUGCUCUGGAGAAAGAUUAUGAGGAGAUCUCCCAGAGCUUCUGA